CAAAAGAAGAAAAUAAAAAUAAUAUUAUUAUUAUUAAAAAUCAAAAGCAAUUAUCACCAAAUAUAAAACAAAGAUCCGCUCCUUCACGUAAAUAUCCUCUCGUUAAUUUAACUACAAAAAAUAAAAAUGAGGUCCUCACAUUUUGUCAAGAAAAUUCAUUUGGUGAAAAAGAAAAGUUAAACAACAAUUUAAUACACGAAAAUAUGGAAAGGGCAGAGGCUGAAUUAUUACUUGGUGCCAUGCCUUUAGGUUCUCAUUUACUUAGAAGAAGACCGGACAGAAGUUUAGCAUUAUCACUUAAAGCAAAUGAAGGUGUAUUGCACAUCAAAUUAGAAUAUCGCUGCGACCGUUGGGUACUUGGAGAAGGACCUCGUUUUAAUUCAGUUGUUGAAAUGUUGAAGGCCUAUCGUCGUGUUGAAUUGCCAGUUAGAGGUGCUGAGCAAAUUCGUCUUACAAUUCUUUUCCGACCGGGGGAUAUGCCAGGAAGGGGGUUAUUAUUGCUCUAA